AUGGCUCGACAGAAUCCAUUUGAUCAGAAGAAGGCUUCUAUUUUGGCAGAGAUUCGGUCUAGUCAGCCAGACCUGUCUCCUAAAGGCGACAUCGACGUCCUAUGCUAUCCCAUUAUGGACUUGAUAAACUCACACAGCGAUAUGGUGACAACAUCAUCCUGCUCCGGUCGACUCAGUAUCUUUCUUGAAGGCACAAAGCAGCAUAAUGGCGUCCAGAAGUCGGGAGGCAAGGGUGAGGGAGGCAGAUGGCUGUACGUGACGCAUAACUGCGAUGAAGUUACCGGUUGGCUUGACAAGAUUGAUCCUGAGAGCUACUGCUAUGUUCAGGACGAUCUGCUGAGUGCUGCCAAAGAUUCUGAUUCGAGCAAGAGACUUUUAUUGUACAAAUACGAGCCAUUUAUACUGCAUGUGAAGUGCAGGGACUUCGCGAUGGCAUCGAAAUUGUACAAUACUGCCAUGGGAUGUGGCUUCAGAGAAAGCGGCAUCGGUUCCAAUAACCUUGUUGCGAUCAGAAUUAACAUAAAGUUGGAUAUUCCAAUAGGGUUCUGGGAUGAAAACGCGAACAAGAUAGCCCUCUGCGUGCCCGCCGACUACAUUUCGCUCAUCGAUGGCCUCACCUGCAGCAAGUUCCAGGAAAAUGCUAGGAAAAUGCAAGUGCUGUACGAUAGAAUAAAAGCUAAUAUAAUAGAUUCUGUAUAA